CUACGACCGAACCACCAUGAACAACGACAUCUCCCUCUUGAAGCUCGCCAAAACCUUGACCUUCUCGGAGGCGGUCAGGCCAGUCUGCUUGACCCCAAAUGACCUGGUUUUCUUCAACGAGAAGGCCACCGUCAUAGGCUGGGGCAAGAAACACGAGAAGGACAACUUUGGGACUUCUGUCUUGAACAAAGCCGAUGUCAGAGUGAUCCCUAUGAUGAGUUGCCGGAACGACUACAAAUUUUAUCCUGAAAUGAUUACUUCUAGAAUGUUCUGUGCCGCGGGGAAGAUCACUGACGGUUGCCAGGGUGACUCCGGAGGCCCCCUCGUGUGGAAAGACGGAGAGACCGACAGCUACGUGCAGAUCGGCGUGACCAGCUGGGGCAUCGGCUGCGGGAGGAAGGACUUUCCAGGCGUCUACGUGAAACUGAUCAAAUUUCUUGGAUGGAUUUACGACCGGACGAAGGACUCCGCUUUCUGUUCGUCUUACACGCCGACACCUGAUGUUGAAAUUUCUUCGAAUGGGAAGCAGAAAAACAAUAAAAAACGGGGGAAGAAGAGUAGGAAUGGUUCCGAAAGAAGGAGGAGGAGAAGGAAGAAGAAGGGGGGGGAUAGGUGGUGGAGAAGAGAAAAUGAGGGGAAAGGAAGAGGAAAUAGGAGAGGGAGUAGGAAGAAAAACAGUGGCGGAGAAGAGAGCGAAAGUGAAAGCAAAGAGGACGGUAGAGGAAGAACAGAGGCGAAAAGAGGAAGACGAAAACUGAGAAGGAGACAGAAACAGGAAGACCAAGAUGAUGAAAACGAUUCCAAAGAAAACGGAGAAAAUCGCAGGAGAAACUUGUAUAGAAAUCGGGGACCAAAUCUCGGUGGUAAAAAAAGAAACAAAAGAAAAAGCAAAAAUGGUAGAAUCAUGCAUAGUGAAAAAGCAAAUAACUUCAACGGGAAGAUAAGAUCGGGUUCAUUCAAAAAGAAUUUCCAAAAUGGAAAGUUAUUCGUUGGAUAAAAUCAUUAUUUCACCAAACUGUAUUUGCAGAAAUUAAUAAAAAUACAGAAAAAAUA